UGUGCGCGCGCGAAGCCAAGAAGAAGGCAAAAUGGCGGAAUACAAGGGAGCUGCGAAAGAAGGCGCUAGGGCCAUGGCCCUGAUGAAAAAACGAGAAAAAAUGAAAGCUGAUAUUGAAGCUGCCAAGAACAAGAUAUCUGAGAAUCACAAGAUUGCAGAUAUUAGCAACAAGUUUUCAUCUCACUAUGAUGUAGUUGAGCAGCAGCUCAAGUCAAGUACUAUAGGUUUGGUGACCCUGGAUGAAAUGAAGGCCAAACGUGAGGAUUUGGUGCGAGAGCAUGAAAAGCAGCUGGCUGCUAAACUUAAAUCUGAUGAAGCUGAAGGGGAAUCUGCAAAAAGAAAACAGAAAAAAGCCAAGUUGAAGCCUUCCUCUGCAUUGUCAUUUAAUCUUGACGAGGAUGAAGAGGAAGAGGAAGUUGUCCCAUUAAAAAAGAAGAAACCAGGAAAAAAUCCUGAUGUGGAUACAUCAUUUUUGCCUGAUAGAGAAAGAGAGGAGAUAGAAAGGCAAGAAAGAGAAAAGAUCAGACAAGAAUGGGUGGAGAAACAAGAGAAAAUUAAAAAUGAAGAUGUGGAAAUCACAUACAGCUACUGGGAUGGAUCAGGACAUAGACGAACAAUAAAGAUGAAGAAAGGUAACACAAUCUCACAGUUUCUCCAAAAAGGCAUAGAGCAACUCCGGAAGGAUUUUACUGAAUUUAGGACUGUGAGUACUGAAAACCUAAUGUAUAUCAAAGAGGAUCUCAUCAUACCACAUCACUACUCGUUUUAUGACUUCAUUGUGAACAAGGCUCGUGGUAAGAGUGGACCAUUGUUUAGUUUUGAUGUCCAUGAAGAUGUCAGGAUGAUCAGUGACGCCUCUGUGGAAAAAGAUGAGUCGCAUGCAGGAAAAGUGGUUCUUCGUUCAUGGUACGAGAGAAACAAACAUAUUUUCCCCGCCAGUAGGUGGGAGCCUUAUGAUCCUGAGAAGAAAUGGGAAAAAUACACUAUCUCAGAUGCGCCGGCAAAAAGUACCUAAGACAGACGUCAACAUUUUAGUGCCUUCCGUCACUAAGGAGCUUAUGGAGAAAUGAAAUACGCCGUCGCUCACUUCUUGUUUCACGAGUCCUUAAAAACGCUUUGUAAAUAAAUAAAGAUUGCUUGGAUAAUAUUUUGA